GUAGUGACGUCGCCUCACGCAUGUGCACAACAUAUAGAGUUUCCUGCAGGAUAGCAUAUUGACUCCGACAUGGGGAAGAAAAAAAAGAAGUCAGCCGCCGAAAAAGUAGAGAAAUACAGAGGCCACUGGGAGAGCGAUAAGCAUUGGGAGCCUCGGAAGGAGUUUAUACUGCGGAACAUGAGCCAGUAUGAAGCCCAACAGUUGGACCAGCUGCUUUCUCUGUCGAUGGUGUGGGCCAACAACGUCUUUCUCGGCUGCCGGUAUAGCAAAGAGCUCCUGGAAAAAGUGAAGGAAAUGGCUGACGGCAUCGAGGUGGAGGAUGCUCCUGUUUUCAAGACAAGAGAUGAGAUUAUGAAACAGCAACAGGGCAGAUGACAGCUUCCUCCUGCUUUUUGGAACAUACAGUCAACUAGGUUGUGGUUUUAUCAUCAAUUGACUGAACGUGGCAAGAAUUAUGUCAACACUGCGUACAUGUUUUUUGAUAUUUUUUUGUGUAGCCAUUGUUUUUUAAUAAAUUCAUAUGGCUGAAAAUAUCUUGUCCUUAUUUAAAUAAUGCCAUCACUGAAAACUGUAUGUCAGCUUCAUUUGAGUGCAUAUAAUUCUGCAGAGCUAGUAAUAUGGAGUAUAUGCUCCGGGAGUCGGGAACCUUUUUUUGCUAAGGGAGCCAUGAUAACCACAUUUUAGAAUGGAUUUCCAUGAGAUCCAUAUAGUAUUUAACAUUGAACACAACGAAAUGUGUGUAUUUUUAAGCAAGACCAACAUUUUAAUAAUAUAAGUCAAUGUAUUAUUUUUUAAUAACAAUGUUAAACCAAUAAUAAAGGAAAUGCUUACCAUGAAUGUGACUUCUGGUGCUGCAUGGUUUUGCACAGUACUCCUUUUUGCCGUCUUCGUCACAAGGGUUUGCACUGCAGAAUUAGCUAGCUGACUAUUUGAUUAAAGGAGUGAAGUUUACUUCUUGACCUCUCAAGAACUCGUGUAUGGUGAUAAUCGAGUGUUGGCGUUUGACCCAGAAAAUACGGGAAGGACAGCUGGCAUAAGCUCUGGCCUGUGGAAUGGCCUCUGGAAAAAAUGCAUGAGAAUGUUCAUUUUUGCAUUUUAUUUUUAACAUGGGAUGUUUGACCUUUUUAAAAUACAUUUUAUUACAUUAAGAAAUGUCUGAGAGCCAGAUAGUCAUCCAUGGCUCCCGAGCCAUACAGUAGGUUCCCUACCUCUGAUAUUCUUAGUGAACACAUUGUUAGGCACUGCAGAAUGAGAUGCACGCUAGAACUUUUAUCUUUCUUACAUGAGUGGGAUGAAUUAUGAGCAGAAAUAAGUCAUGACUGACUUAAUGGUUGCUUCCUGAAAGAAUAAAAUCAAGCGUGAAUUCAGUUUGGACAAAACCUUACGUCUGAAAAAUGUGUUUUAUUAUGUUUAUACAGCAUAUUGUUAUAAGUAUACACUUUCUUUUUGAUACACAAAAUGUAACAUAUCCCUUCUGUUGAUUGGGAGAA